CAAGGGGCCGGCUUUGCAAAGUAUAAAUAGUGCCACUUCAAUCGCGGCGUCGCUAUCAGACCCCGGGAGCCCUGCACGUCGGGCGGCACGGCCCGGCCCGGCUCGGCUCGGCACGGCCCGGGGCGCCGCCGCCUCCCCGCCCCGUGGAUGCCCGCCCGGGGAGCCGGGGCAGCGCGCCCCUGAGCCAUGGAGGAGCUGACGGCGUUUGUCUCCAAGUCGUUUGAUCCCAAAGCCAAGGAGAAGAAGGAGCUGAUCACCUACCGCGAGGUGCUGGAGAGCGGGCCCCUGCGCGGCCCGCGGGAGCCCGGCGGGGCGGCGGCGGAGCCGGCGCGGGAGGACGCGGGCAGCCCCGCGGCGCGGCCGGCCGGGCGCUCCCCGCCGCGGGAGCCCGACGCCGCCGCCGAGAGAGCGGCCGAGGCGGCCACCCCCAAGCUCAGCGACGUGUCCCCAGAGCUGAAGGAGCGCAAGGAGGAUGCGAAAGCCAUGGAAGACGAAGGGCAGACGAAAAUCAAGCAGAGGAGGAGCCGGACGAAUUUCACCCUGGAGCAGCUGAACGAGCUGGAAAGGCUUUUCGACGAGACGCACUACCCGGACGCGUUCAUGCGGGAGGAGCUGAGCCAGCGGCUGGGGCUCUCCGAGGCCAGGGUGCAGGUGUGGUUCCAGAACCGGCGGGCCAAGUGCCGCAAGCAGGAGAACCAGCUGCACAAAGGGGUGCUCAUCGGAGCCGCCACGCAGUUCGAGGCCUGCCGCGUGGCCCCCUACGUGAACGUGGGCGCGCUGAGGAUGCCCUUCCAGCAGGCAAGUGCGCUCGGGAGGGUGGCCGGGGCGCCGCCGGGCCCCCCGCGGGUGACACGGGGCCGCCCCUCCGCUUGUCCCCCCGCUCCGCAGGUGCAGGCGCAGCUGCAGCUGGACAGCGCCGUGGCCCACGCUCACCAUCACCUGCACCCGCACCUGGCCCACGCCCCCUACAUGAUGUUCCCCGCGCCCCCCUUCGGGCUGCCGCUGGCCACCCUGGCCGAGUCCGCCUCCGCCGCCUCCGUGGUGGCCGCCGCCGCCGCCGCCAAGACCACCAGCAAGAACUCCAGCAUCGCCGACCUCCGCCUGAAGGCCAAGAAGCACGCCGCCGCCCUGGGGCUGUGACCGCGCUGCUGCUGCUUUAUUUUAUUUUUUUUUUUUUUUCAAAAAAAAAAAGGGGGAAAAAUAGGGAAAAAAAGUUUAAAAAAAAGGAAAAAGGAAAGAAAUGAGGGAGAGGAGAAACGGAGAUAUAUACUUAUUUAAGGAAUUAGAGGACGCGCAGCUGGGAAGUUCACAGGUUUUGAAACUGACCUUUUUCUGCGAAGUUCACUUUAAUACAAGAAAUUUGAUAAGAGAGGCGGGCCUCCUUUCACGUUGCAUCAGGUACUUGAGUUUAACAACCACGUCUGGAAUAGCGACAAAAAAAAAAAAGAAAAAAAAAAGAAGAAAGAAAGACUACGACGAACAGAAAAAAAUAGGGAAAAAAAAAAAAGACAAUGAUUUCUCUGCGAAUUUCUAAUGGAAGACUGUCCGGGAUACUUCCUCCAGCAGCAUUCCGGGUUGCAUGUAUUUGUAUUUCAUUGAUGGAGUCCUUUGAUUCACUUGCACUUCACCCUCAUCUUUAGUAGAAAAAAAAAAAAACCGAGACAACCACAAAAGCAAACAAACAAACGUGGCUGGGUUCUUUCUCCUUUAAUCUUGGAGGGAAGCAGGCAGAGAGAGGCAGAUCAAGCGCUGCCUUUUCCACUCUCAAAUCUUUGUUGGUCGUUUGCUGUCCCACCUCUGAAAUAAAAGGGAGCGGAAAGCGCCAGGAGAGCGGAGUUUGCCUCCCUUUGCCGGGUCUCUCCUGUCCUGAGGGCAAAAAAUAAAUGAAAAAAAGGAAAAGAAAAAAAAAAAGAGAAUAUUUAAUUCCCAACCACCACUUGACACCACGGCAAAUUCCAAUAAGAGGUACUGGGUACAUGUAAAAUAUGUUGAUACACACGAACAAAGUUUAUUUUGGCUAUAACUUGUGAAUUGAUAGUUGACUGUCAAACAUUUACAUUUUAUCUCAUAAAGGUGUAUCUAUUCACGUAACCUUGUGAUUUUUUUGGUUAUUAUUAUUAUUAUUUGAGAGACGUAUAGCUAUUUAACCUGGGGUACCCUGCAGUCAGUGAUUGUUAUCCCAGAUUUUGCCAUCUGACCCUCAAGCUUAUUGCCAAGACAGAGGGAAAGCUCUUCUACGCGAACUUUGGUAUGGACGGGCUUUGUAUCUAUUUGUUCUCCAUGAAAACAAAAUUAUUUAUAUUGACCAUAUUUUUUCUAGUGUAUUUUAAGUUAUUUAAAAAAGAAAAAAAGAGAAAAAAAAAAAGAAAGCAAGAUGCUGUUAUCUCAUUGCAUUUGUUGUCAGUACAAUAUAUUUUGUUUCACUCA